CUUAAAAAAACAAUGCCCACAGGCUGAGCUCCAAAACCUACGCCCAUGGCUUCUUCCCUCCAUAACCUCCUCUCCGAAGACGGCUUCCCCCCUCGCAAACCCCCCAAAAAACCCAACCACAUUCCCGACUCCGCCCCCAUCACCCUCCCCAUCUACAUAUGCCACGAUCGCCGCAGCUUCGACUCCUCCUCCUCCCACCGCCCCCGCUCCGAUGCCAACUCCAUCUCCGACCCCGCCGUCGACGCCGCCGCCACCAAGGCCAUGAUCGCCAUCCUCACCGGCUACAUCGCCCAGUUCUCCCGCUCCACCGCCUUCCGCGCUAAUAUCCGCGACAAAUCCACCAAAAUCCUCAAAAAAUCUGCGGCGGCUGCGGCGGAGGAUGAGGAGAGCCGCGAGGCUCUCAAGCUCGCGGAGAUUGGAAUCGAGAGCGUCGAGAGACUAGCCGACGGAAACAGAGAGAAGAAACUGGACUUGGAGGCGCUGCAGCGGUGCAUCAAAAUCCUCGACCGCGCCGCCGCCGCCUCGGGCCGGAAAACGAGCUCGCGCGUGGCGGCAUGCGCGCGCCUCUACCUCUCCAUCACCUACAAAAUCGCGAGAAACGACAAGAUUGCGGCGCGGAAUCUGCUGCAGGUCUUCUGCGACGCGCCGGCGCUUGCCCGCACGCGCCUCCUGCCGGAGCUGUGGGAGCACUUCUUCCUGCCGCAUCUCCUCCACCUCAAGAUAUGGUACACCACCGAGCUGGAGAAUCUCGCCGGAUUAAUCAACGGCGCGGAGAAGGAGAAGAGAAUUAAAAGCUUGAAUCAUCUCUACCGCGAGAAAAUGGAUUCCGGCACCGUCGAAUUCGCUUUGUAUUACACAGAGUGGCUCAAAACCGGAGCUCGAGCCCCUUCCGUCCCCGCGGUUUCGCUGCCUUCGAAGCCGAUGUCGAAAUCGAGAAGGAAAUCGUCGGAGUCUACGAGCUCUUAUCACUCCUCCAGCAGCAAACUGCUAUAUCAAGCAGUUUUUGGUGCUAAUGUGAAGCGGCAAUCAAUGGAUUUUGAUUCGAGAAAUGUAUGGGAUUUUGUGGGAGAGGAUGUCAAGCAUUGCAAUUAUAUCCAUAAAAAAGCAGUUUCUCACAGAAGAUCAUCUAGUUUAAAGGAUGAAAUGCAGAAGGCAGAGUUAUUAUUACCAGACACCAACAAAUCAGAUUACUUCAGAUUCCUAGGGUGUAAGUCUGAGCCAGCAGAGUGUUUCGUAUCGAAAAUCGAGAAAAUCAGCGUCGAUGAUGACGUCAGCGACGUCCCGUCGCGGUCGAGCGACGUGGCGGGGGCCAUCGCGGCGGUCUGCUCGUCCGAGAGCCUGGCCGACUGCGAGGCCGCGGUGCGCGCCCUGAGCAAGGCCUGGCUGGCUGCUCAGGGCGACGCCCGCCUGCAGCUCGAGGCAUCGCUGUCUCGAGCUGCUGUGAUACAGGGGAUGCUGGAGGUGUUGUAUGUGUCGGACGAUGAUGAGAUACUGGAGCUGGCCGUGUCGAUUCUGGCGGGGCUCGCGGCCUUGAGCGAGGCCAACCGGCGCUGCGUCCUGGCCUCGGAUUCGCAGCUCUCCGUGGGGUUGAGGAUGCUGAGGAGCAGCAGCCUCUUCCUGAAGGCUGCGGCUCUGCUCUACCUAGUGAGGCCGAGGGCGAAGCAGAUGGUGUCGAUGGAGUGGGUCCCGUUGGUGCUCCGGGUGCUGGAGUUCGGGGAUCAGCUGCAGAUACUCUUCUCCGUGAGGUGUAGCCCUCACGAGGCGGCGUAUUACUUCCUCAACGAGCUCUUGACCGGGUUCGAUGAGGACAGGAAUUUCGAGAAUGCGAAGCAGGUGAUUUCUCUCGGGGGGUUGGGGUUGGUGGCGAGGAGGAUGGACGAGGGGGACGUGUCUGAGAAGAGGCGCGCCGCGUCUCUUCUUCGCCUCUGCAUACGGGCGGAUGGGAGCUGCCGGCAUUUUUUGGUGAAGAAUGUGAAGGAGGCCAUUUUGGCACUAUUAGUGCUUGAGAAGAAUCAAGAGAAUCAUGCUCUUGCUUUGCUUUUUGAGUUGCUUUGUAUUAGCAGGUUAAACAAGAGGAUUGAGUUUCUGUCUGGGCUAAGGGAGGGGUGGGAGUGCUUGAACACACUCCACAUUCUGCUGCUGCGCCUCCACAAGGCGCGGCCAGAAGAGAGGCCACUCGUUGCUGUCGUGCUGCUUGAGCUGGACCUUCUGGGCGACGCCUCUGGGGGCAGCGUCUACAGAGACGAGGCAGUGGACGCGAUCAUUUCAGCGCUGGACUGCUCCGUGUUUGAAGAAAGAGUCCAGCAGCAAGCAGCCAGAGCCCUCUUGGUCCUCGGAGGCCACUUCUCCUACACCGGGGAGGAGGAAAUCGAGCAAUGGCUCCUGAGAAGAGCGGAAAUCAGAGACAUCUGCGUCGGCCUAAUGAAGGAAGACGAGAAGAUGAGAGAAGACUGGCAGGGGAAAGCAGCGUUAGCGCUCCUCACAAGCGGAAACACAAGGCUUCUCACUGCCUUAUCCGAGUCCAUUGCAAACAGCAUCCCAAGUCUAGCUCGGGCUUGCCUCGUUACCAUCUGCUGGAUCAGCAGUCAUCUCCCUUCGAUCGGGGACAGGGAUCUCCGCCUUGCAGCAUGCUCGAUUUUCACCCCACGAUUGAUGGAAUGCUUGAUAGAUAACAGCAACAACCUUGAGGAAAAGAUUUUAGCCUCAUUUUCAUUGUACAGUCUUACAAAUGGUACAGAUUAUUUUUCGCAGCAGCCCAGAACCGAGAACGAGGUUAUGAACUGCUUGCAGAAGCUGUCUCGAGCGACAUGGACAGCAAAGGAGCUAGUUUCUCUCAUCAAGAACAGUUCAUCAUCUGUAAGGUUUCUCUCUGUCUAAAUCUUGUCUUAAAAUGUGAGUGUAAUUAGCCAUUUUGUGUUCUUGUAUAUAAUGAUCUUUGUAGUAGAGUAUUUGCUAGGCUUUCUUGA